GAGGCGCUCUCUCUCUCUCUCUCUCUCUACAAUCACUCACCCUAGCUCCUCCACCUUGGCGCUCUCUCGCCCUUGCGCUUGUUUUUCAUGCCUAUCUCCCGGCUCAUUUCAGCCUGCCACUCACCGUCCCAACUCCAACUUCACCUUCUCCACAUUCUUUGAAGUAUUUUUACCCUUUUUCUACCUCUCCGUCUUUCACAUUUAUUGCCUUUCCUCCUUCAAUUUGGGGGCACUGACUGCAAUUGCUGCUACUUCUGCAAUUUGACAAAUUUAUAUGCCCGUCCUUUCCAGUGAUUGCUCUCGGUUUCUUUCUUCAUUUUCCUUUAUCAUUUUUACAUUUUCGCCUUAUUGAAUCUCUUUGUAUAAGAAUAGCAGCAUAGCUGCUGGGGGAUUCUUUUGGGUCCAACAAUCCAUUGCCCUCAGAACAACUAUCAGCGGUAACUAUUGAUUUUGAGAGUGAUAUGAUUUUCGUACUCCAGAAUGGUUGAAAAUGAGCAUUGUGUUGUUUAUUUUUUGAAAUGAAAGAUGAACUUACCAUUUGCUUCAUGUAUUCAAACUCCUUAUUAAUUGGGUUUCCCUCUGUCUCUCUACCCUUCGACUCGAUAGCCUCUCCCCCCCUCGGUGACGGCACGGUUCAGCGGCGGCAAGGACGGCGACGGCGUGGACGAGUGAAGGAGCGACGGCAAGGACAACCACGCCGAGAAAUUGAUGUGAUGUAUAUGCCAACACCUUCCAGAGUUGAAUGAUGGCUAUUGAGGCUUCUGAUAAACUGAAUAUGACGGAUGAUUUUGAUGAUGAGGAUGGACCAGUAAUUUUUAAAAGGACUAAUACAACAUCUAAGAAAAAUCAACUGCUUUCGGAAAUAAAGAAGUCAACUUCUAGUCUUGAUGGGCAAACACAUAGGAAAACUUCUGAUAUGUCUUCGUCCAAUGGCCAAAAUGCUGGGCUACAGAGGAGCAAGGUAAUCCCAUCGACAUCACCCACAAAGGCCUCUGUAGAUAUUUCCAAAGCAUCAACCUCACGUAUCAGUUCCUCCAACGUGAAAUUGCCUCUAGCAAAUCCUAAAGUAUCAUUGUCAGGAGAUAUGUCCAAGCCUCUUCCAGGAUCGAAAGUGCUCAAUGAUGUUAAGGAGGAAAAACCCUCCAUCAAACAUCUUCCGAGAGGAAACUCUGAAGAUUCUGAUGAGGAGGAGGAUAACAAACCCUUGAGUGCCAGGCUGAAAAUGAACUCCAAUCGUAAUAGCAAAGCUGCUCCCAUUGUGAAGAAACCUAUUGAAGACUCUGAUGAUGAUGAUAAUCUUCCUUUGUCAGCGAGGCUAUCACGGAAUGCAGGAACAUCUGGAAGUGGAUAUGAUCACUCUGAUCAGAAAAAACCUCUUUUGAAAGUUCAGAAAAGUCAUCAAGAAGGUUCCAGCAUGAGUAUUAAACAGGAAAAGCCCAUUACAGGGUCAGUUAAGAGGCCACUAGAUAAAACUAUUUCCCUGAAUUCUUCUUCGAAGAAGCCAAAGCUCUCGGAUCCAGCUUUAUCAAUCAAAAUUAAGCAAGUACCUGUGAAGCAUGAGAAAAAGGUGGAUGAUGAUGAUGAUGAUGUUCCUAUUUCGCAAAGAUUAGCAAAGUCUUCUGCAUCAGGAAAUAAGUCAUCAUCAGUGAAGAAGAUCGAAAAGGCAGUUAAAGUUAAUAAGUCUGGUCCAGCAUCAUUUAAGAAACAAGCCAAGAAGAUGAAGAAAUCAGGCAGUAAUUCAGAAUAUUCCAAGUCCACAAAACUUCUUCCUAGUGCAGGAGAUGGGCAGAAGAAGUGGACUACUUUGGUUCAUAAUGGUGUUAUUUUUCCACCUCCUUACAAGCCUCAUGGAAUAAAGAUGCUCUACAAAGGGAAGCCAGUCGAUUUGACUCCUGAGCAAGAGGAGGUUGCAACUAUGUUUGCUGUCAUGCGAGACACAGAUUAUAUGCAAAAAGAAAAAUUCAAAAGUAAUUUCUGGAGUGACUGGCGCAAGUUGCUAGGAAAAAACCAUGUAAUUCAGAACUUGGAAGAUUGUGACUUUACACCAAUAUAUGACUGGUGUCAAGUUGAGAAAGAGAAGAAGAAGCAAAUGAGUACAGAAGAAAAGAAGGCCCUUAAGGAGGAGAAAGCUAAACAGGAGGAGAAAUAUAUGUGGGCUAUAGUUGAUGGUGUUAAGGAGAAGGUUGGAAACUUUAGAGUUGAACCACCAGGGUUGUUCCGAGGUCGUGGAGAGCAUCCAAAGAUGGGCAAACUGAAAAAGCGCAUUCGUCCAAGUGAUAUCACAAUUAAUAUUGGAAAGGAUGCUCCAAUUCCUGAAUGCCCUGUCCCUGGUGAAAAGUGGAAGGAGAUAAGGCAUGACAAUACAGUUACGUGGUUAGCAUUCUGGAAUGAUCCAAUCAACCCAAAGUUGUUUAAAUAUGUUUUCCUGGCUGCUAGUAGCUCUUUGAAGGGGCAAAGUGACAAGGAAAAGUAUGAGAAAGCUAGGAUGCUGAAGAAUUAUAUAGGGAACAUCAGGGCUGCAUACACAAAGGAUUUUAGAAGUAAAGAUAUUACAAGGCGGCAAAUAGCUGUUGCUACUUACCUUAUCGAUAAGUUAGCUCUGAGGGCUGGCAAUGAGAAGGAUGAUGAUGAAGCUGAUACUGUUGGUUGCUGCACAUUAAAAGUGGAAAAUGUAACAGCAGAAGCCCCCAACAAGUUGCAGUUUAACUUCCUUGGUAAAGAUUCAAUUAAGUAUGAGAAUACGGUAGAGGUUGAACUUCCUGUUUAUGAAGCCAUUUUAAAGUUCCAAAAAGGAAAACGCCCUGGUGAUGAUCUUUUUGACAAGCUAGAUACAAGUAAACUAAAUGCUCACUUGAAGGAAUUGAUGCCUGGCCUAACAGCUAAAGUCUUCCGUACAUUCAAUGCAUCUUUCACACUGGAUGAUAUGUUGACUAAGGAUACUAAAGAUGGCGAUGUUGCAGAGAAAAUUGGUGUCUAUCAGAGUGCGAACAAGCAGGUUGCCAUAAUUUGUAAUCACCAACGUAGUGUAUCAAAAUCUCACACCGCACAAAUGUCAAAGUUAACUGAGAAGAUUGCCGACCUUCAGCGUGAGCUGAAGGAGUUGAAAACAGAUUUGGAAAGGGCAAAGAAAGGAAAAUCUCCUCUGAAGAGUAAUGAGAGAAAACGGAACCUAUCUCCUGAAGCACUAGAGAAAAAGAUCGCUCAAACCGAUGUGAAAAUUAAAAAGAUGCAACGUGAUAUGAAGACUAAAGAAGAUCUCAAAACUGUGGCAUUAGGCACGUCCAAGAUAAACUACCUGGAUCCCAGGAUUACAGUGGCUUGGUGCAAGCGGCAUGAGGUUCCUAUUGAAAAGAUCUUCAAUAAAUCUCUGCUGGCAAAAUUUACCUGGGCAAUGGAUGUGGAUCCUGACUUCAGAUUCUGAGAUCUUUUCAUGGUGGGAGAGACUUCAUCUUCUACUCAUUUCUUUUACGUAAAAAAUAUAUAUUUAUAUUUUUUUGUUUGUCCAAGGCCAGCGGAAAUUUAUGUUGUAAUUUCAUCUAAUCUAAUUAUUGGGUGUUUGCCCCGCCACUGACUGCUUUUCGCUUAGGGUUAUGACUGUAACGCCGCACUUUCGCAAAUGUGAAAAUGAGGUGGAGUUUUUCUAAUUCGCUUUCCAAGAAUAGCUAAUUGCUUUUGUUUGUUGCCAUAGUUUGUUGCUAGUUGGCGUUUUUAUUUUGUGCCAGCUUCUUACCUUUACCCAAGCUCAAGUUAAUCAGGUCUGUUUCUGCCAAAUAUGAUCAACGGUUCAUAUAUAUUUGGA